AGUCAACGUGGCAGGCAUACUAGUCGGCGGUGUGAUACCAAACUACGCUUACAUUGGUAGAACUGGGAGAGAGAACCCCACGCUGCUUCUCGGCGAACCUUCGGAAUGAGGGGCUUAGGUCGCAUGCUACCCUAUGUUACCCAUGGGAGAACCUGCGUGAGGGUCGUUGCUCGGUGACGAUGUAAUAAUUGUGCAGUACUCGAGGCUGAACUGUGGACUAUAAAGCCUGGUCUGCUGGGCCAGCAGUCAGCAUUAGGACCCCACUCGAAACCAGAGUAAGAGUCAUGAAGUCCUUCGGCAUCCUCAGCUUCCUCGCAGCCUCUGUGGCUUCGGCCUAUGCUGCUACUGGCACCCUCACUUUUGCUGGUGUCAACAUUGCGGGUUUUGACUUUGGCAUGGACACUAGCGGUGAUGACACUGCCAGCUCGGCCUACCCGCCUCUGACUCAGUACUAUGGUGCUGAUGGUGCUGGUCAAAUGACUCACUUCGUCAACGAUGACGGCUACAACAUCUUCCGUCUCCCCGUUGCUUGGCAGUACCUGACCAACAACGAGGCAACUGGCACGCUCAACCAGACCAACUUCGCCGAGUACGAUGCUCUCGUCCAGGCGUGCUUGGAAACCGGCGCGAGCUGCAUCAUUGACAUCCACAACUACGCCCGCUUCAACGGCGAGAUUAUUGGCCAGGGCGGACCCACUAACGAGGUGUUCGCCGACCUCUGGAGCAGCAUCGCCACGUACUAUGCUGACGAGUCUAAGAUCGUUUUCGGAGUCAUGAACGAGCCUCAUGACCUUCCCUCCAUCACUACUUGGGCUGGAACUGUCCAGGCAGCGGUGACUGCCAUCCGUAACGCUGGUGCGACGAGCCAGUACAUCCUCCUCCCUGGUGACAACUACACUUCGGCCGAGACUUUCGUUUCUGGUGGUUCUGCUGCAGCUUUGGCUACAGUGACCAACCCCGACGGGAGCAUCACUGGUCUGAUCAUGGAUGUUCACAAGUACCUCGACUCUGACAACUCCGGCACGAAUGCCGAGUGUGUCACCAACAACAUCGACGAUGCCUGGGAACCUCUUGCGACCUGGCUCCGCGCAAACAACCGUCAGGCUCUGAACACCGAGACUGGUGGCGGAGACGUUACCUCCUGCAACACGUACAUGUGCGAGCAGAUCGCCUACCAGGCUCAGAACUCUGAUGUCAUCCUCGGCUACGUUGGCUGGGCUGCCGGCAACUUUGCUACUACCUACGUUCUCAGCGAGACGCCCACCGACACCGACGGCACCUGGACCGACACUUCGCUCGUUGCGGCGUGCAUGGCUCCUUCUAUCAACGGCUACGUUGCCUAA